AUGAAUUGUCCUGGCUCCUGCAGGUCGUUAGUCCUUAAGGAUAUAGUCAUGACAAACGAGUCCUUUCUCUGCAUCUGCUCCGCUAAUGUCCUGGCCUUUCCUCUAUAUCCGAGGACGGGGAGAGCGAACAGCGAAGAGCGAACAGCGGAGAGCGGAGAGGGAUGGCGCAGUCAGUUUCAUUUACUGCGGGAGGCAGAGAGGUGUGAAAUUGGAAAAUCCCGAAGACGGCUCGCUAUCAACAUGCCCUCGCAAAAACUCAGCCUGCAUCUUCUGCAGUUCGAACCUCUUUGUAUUCCACAGAGGUCACAGGCGUCACGUGGAGUCAGGAUUAGGAUUAGGAAGUCGUGCCAGAAAGCCGUGGGGGGGUCGCCCCACCGAAGAAGACCCCGCCAGACCGACACCUUCGCCGAGGCCCUGGCCAAGUUCCCACCACCUCCUCCUCCGGCCCUCAUCAGGAAGUUGGGCUCCAAGGAGCUAUGUGGGCUCGGCAAGGUAAUGUGGCUAAAUCAAUACGAAGGGAAAACCCAAUCAGAAUAUCACAAUUUUCCGAAGAGCGGUCGGCAGUCGGCAGUCCAGUCCUGCAGGACAUCUGAAGCCAUACAUUACAGACAGACAGCCGAGGGUAAGAAGCUGCUGGACAUAAGCCAGGAGGAGUUGCCGCUGGGUACUGUUACCAUUGUACUUUACCACGACCAACCAGUACACGGAACCGUCGCGGGACUGCAGAUGACUGACCUCGGAGAUAAAAAAGAGCCAGCGACGCCUCUCAGUCUGCCGUCCGUAUGA